CACAGUCCUGGACACACUCACUAUGUUUGCAUCCAGGCUGUGUAAAGGCCGGAAUGGAAGGAUUUCCAGGCACAAGAAGGUGGAGCUGAACAGCACGAGAGCUCAGGCCACACGCAGCGCUCUCAUCCUCGCCCAUGGCAGCUUGGCACUGCGAGCCUCCAAGGAACAGCUGCUUGCCCGCCUGGAGGGAGACAUCGUGGGCAACAUCCUGCUGCUGUACAGCUGCAGCCACCAGGACUUGCAGAACAAGCUUGCGCUGGUGCAGAGCAUCACUGACUUCAGCUCUGCUGUCCAUGCUGUGGGUGGCUCCGCCUUCUUUAAUCCCUCCUUGAAGGGCAAGCUGCUGGAGAUCCUGAUG